CCUAAAUUGUCCUUAUACAUAAAAUAUUGUCCGUUUAAAUAUAAGGAGGAUUAGCAAUAUUAUAGUAACUUUAUAUAACUACCUUAGCACCAAGUCUUAGCGAUAAUUUGAUCUGUUAUCGGAUGUUAAAGAGAAGUUUAUAAAUUGAACAUUCAAAUGGAAAAUACAAAGUAUUAUAGUCUAAUUUAAAGCUCCCUAAAAUUAAAAUAGUUCUCUGCAGAAAGGAAUAUUUAUUGAGCUGACAUAUAGUAUGAUUAUCCCAUUAAGCUUUUUAUUAUCUUGAUGUAAUAAAUGUAUAGAGUUGAUAAUUUCUUAAGAAGCUAAAUAAGUGAGAAGUCUAAUAAAUAGAAAGAAUAAUCAUGACCAUCCAAUUUUACUUUUUUAAAUCCUUUUUUAGCAUCCCAUAAAUGGAUAUAGUUAUGU